GCUAGCGAUAAACAGAUUACGUCAUCCACCCUCGACAAAACUACUUUUCCUCCAUGGUGGCGGCACGAUGGAGGUGUGUGGUUCUUCAAAUGUUUCCCUAAGAGAGUUUGGCUGCGAGCAGAGCUUACUGUCUCGACCGGACGGAUCAGCGUCUUUCAUCCAAGGAGACACAAGUGUGUUGGCUGGAGUUUAUGGACCUGCUGAGGUCAAAGUCAGCAAGGAAAUCUAUGACCGGGCAACACUGGAGGUGUUGAUACAGCCCAAAGUAGGACUGCCAAGUGUGAGGGAGCGAUCACAGGAGCAGUGUGUGCGAGAAACCUGCGAGGCAUCUCUGCUGCUGUCGCUCCAUCCUCGCUCCUCGCUCACUCUCAUUCUUCAGGUGUUGCAUGAUGAUGGCUCACUCUUGUCCUGUGCUCUGAACGCUGCCUGUAUGGCUCUGAUGGAUGCAGGCUUGCCUAUGAGUUGCCUGUUCUGUGGAGUGACCUGUGCCAUCGACACAGACGGUCAGAUCAUCACAGACCCCACUGCAGCUCAGGAAAAGGAAAGUCGAGCUCUGAUGACCUUUGCUAUUGACAGCACAGAACGCAGAGUAUUGAUGUCAUCAACCAAAGGAUCAUUUACAGUUCAUGAGCUGCAGCAGUGUAUAGCAGUCAGUCAGAAAGCCUCAGAGAAGAUCUUCCAGUUCUACAGGGACUCUGUCAGGCGACGAUACUCCAAAACCCUAGAGUAAAGAAGCUGCUGUCUUUCUAGUCCUUUUUUAUUUUAUUUUUUUUAACAAUACACACAAAUACUGAUGUUGUAAUAAAAUACUUAGCAACCACUUUGGGCUGCCUUUGCCUCAGUUCAGUUGUAGUCAGCUGUGCUGUGGCUGAGCGAGGGAUUUACAUGAGGACAUUUGAAAGACCAGACCAUAUCAAACUGUCCGAGUGAGAAAUAAAAAAGAGGAAAGAUGAAUGUCAAACAAGUGAAUUUAUUGGGAUUCAUUGAUUUUCCUUCAGCUUAAUAUUUACAUGUAAUACAAGGAUGUGAACUGGGAAAGAACUGAAUAUCUCUUGUACUAAUAAAUCUCAUUUGCCACAAA